GUUCUACGGGGCUAUGAAGCCAAAUGACCAAUAUUAAAUUAAUGGAAGGGGCUUAAGCCCAAAACCUCCAAAGACCCAAACGUGUUCCGAAAAGGCUGAGAUGUCAAGCAGAGGAGGUGGAUUUACUGCAUUUGCCUCUCAACUUCCAUUUGAUCUUUUUUCCAGAGGCUGUUACUUUGCCUGAUGUUAACAUUGAUGAUAUUCAUAAUGAUACAAAAAAGUUGCUUGCUUGGAAUAAUAACCUUCUAAAUUAUUGGGAAGCCUUUCCUUAUUUUCUUGAGGCCAAAACCUCUAAGAAGAGGCAAAGUAUGCACAUUGCUAAAUUCUCAGACAGGAAGAAGAACGAUUUUACUCGUGACUCUCUCGAACAAGUUUUAAUGUUCAAAGAUUUUCCUCAGGAGUUAGUUCAAGGUGAAUCUAAGCGUGCGUCGAGAAGAAAAAAGUUUCAAUGGAACCCAGAGUCAGGUUUAAUCAUUUCAUAAGAACUUUCUCCUUUUAUGUGGUAUUAGCAUUGGUUAAAUUUCUAUUGUGAGUACAUUUUGAGAUUAGCACAGAAUAAGCUUAGUGCGUGUUUGGAUGAGUCUUGACAAAAUUGAUUUUGCAAAAUUGAUUUUGAAAUGACCUGAUUUUGUUUUGAUAUUUUCAUUAUAGAAUUAAGUUAGAAGUAAAAUUUAUUAUAAAUUUUCUAAUCCAACUCAAAAGUUACUUCAACUCAGAAUAAAUUCUGGACCCAGAAUCAGUUCUGUAACGCCAAACCAAACACAUACUUGAAAGAAAUUUAUGAAAUUCUCAUUACUUAAGUAUUGCAUAUAUGCUGUUUUACUGAGCAGUAUAUAUGUACGUAUGGAUGCAACACUCUAUUCUAGAUUGUAAUAUUAUUGUAUAAAUGCUUGAUAGCACAUGGAGUGGCACUUUAGGUUCUUUGUGGCACAUGGAAUGGAAAUUGAAACUAUAAUUUUUAAUUUCAGGCUUAGUAUAUAUUUUAAAAUUAGUGUUUUAAUUCUUAAUAACAUUUUCAAGGAAUUGAGCUAUAACUAGCUGAAGAUAUUCUCAAUUCUUAAUCUGGAUCCUAAGAUUUGUAAUUGAAAGAAGCCAAAAUUAAUAAGAGGCAGUCUUUAACCCACACAUAUAAUAAGGUGUAAUAAGUUACUAGAACCUCAGAUUGAUACUUCAACAACCUCCUCUGCUGCUUUCACCAUCACCACUAUUUAUUACCACCAUAAUUGCGAACACUGCCACAACCUUUGCCACUACACCAAUGCCAUCAUUGUUGUCAUCACCAGUGCUAAUCCCAUUAGUAUUGCCUCCACCACUGUUGUCGACAAUUUUGUUAUCACUACUACACCCAGUGUCCUUGCAUUGUUACUACCACCAUCACCACAACUACCAUUGCUGCAACUCUCCAUUAGCAAACUUCAAGGAAUGUUGAGCACUAGAUAAUUAGUUUUGGGAGUAAGAUUGCAUUUGGUCCAAAUGAAUAUUGUAUUUCUUUUCAGAUUCUACUGUUGGGCAACCUUCACUUCUCCAAUGAAAUUCUAUGUUGAUGAUUCUUUCACAUGCAGGGCAAAGAGGAAAAUGAUGAAAAUGAAAAGAAAGAUGGAGAAGAUGGAGAUGAGGAUGAAAAUGCACAAGAGGAGGAUGAAGAAGAUAUUAAUGAUGAUGAUUAUAAUCAGAAUAUAGAUUUUGAUGACGAUGAAGAUGAAGAUGAUUAUAAUGAUGUAGAUGACGGGGAUGAUGAGCCUACCUAUCAGAUUAUCUGUAUGGAGAAUGUUCUUCUGCUCAUCCCGUGACAGCUAUACAAGCAUGGACUAUUGCUCCUUUAAUUUUAGAGGCUGGGAGUUCAAAUUGUUCGUUAGCCUUAGUUGCCUUUUACUUUGCCACUAUUAUUAACUUAUUCAAUUUCAAACCAGUGUUUUCCUUGUAAA